UUCGCUUCGCUGCGGCCGUGAGCCCUGGGUCCCUGACUCGCUCUGUCUAGCUUUCCUCCCGUCUCCCCGAGCAUGCGGGGGUCCCUCCUGCCCUGGGCUGCCGCUGCAGCCGUUGUCUGUCUACUGGGACGCCUGAUGGCUUUGGGGACGGCCGGAACAGGAGAAGCGCUGCAGGUUCACAUCAUCUGCUUCAACUUCGAGACCGUGCGGGUUACGUGGAACGUGAGCGAACCCUCCGGGGAGAACCUCACUUUCUUCUACACAUUCGACAGCGGGGAGGCGUACGGCCAAUGCACCCACUACAUUCUUCGGCGCGGCCUCACUGCCGGCUGCAUCCUGGACUUCCAAGACCAAGUCCUGCACUUCUCCAUCAGGAAUGCGACACACGCCCUGUUCACGCACAGCCAGUGGGCCAGCUUCUACCUGAAGCCCGGCGCCCCGAGGAACCUGAGUUUCCAGUGGCAGCAGGAGAAGGUGGCGGUCACCUGCCCCGGCCUGGCCCACGGCGGGCUGCUCUACGAGGUCCAGCUCCGAAGCAACUUCGACGCCGCCUGGCAGUCCAAGGAGGAGGAAACCUGCAAUGUCCACAUAGAAGGUCUGGACGCUGAGAAGUGCUACUGCCUCCGGGCCAGGGUGAAGACCACGGAGGCCGCCUACGGCCCCGACUCCUACCCCGGGGACUGGUCGGAGGUGUCCUGCUGGUAUGGAGGCCUGCCCAGCGAUUUGUGCCCGGACGUGCCCAUCAGCCCCGGAUUCCCCAGAUUUAUUUUAAUCUGCAGCCUGGUCGCCCUGCUGACGUUGUGUCUCGUCCUGCUGUCCCUGUGGAAGCUGGGGAGAGUGAGGAAUCUCCUGGUACCCACCGUGCCCGACCCCAAGUCCUCCUUCUCCGGGCUCUUCGAGCAGCACCAAGGAAACUUCCAGGAGUGGAUGAAAGACGCCCAGAAUGUGGCCCACCUGCCCAGGACGGGCAGCGGCGGCGGGGAGCUGGACUGCGGCCCCGAGGAGGCCCUGGUCGUGCAGGUGGCCAAGACCGCCACGGCCCUGGACAGCUUGAGCCGGAGCUCGGAGGAGGGACAGCCCCCCGGAGGGUGCUCCCAGCUCUUUCGCCGGCCCCCGCAGAGUGGGCCCGUGGUCUCUCUGGGGGGCUUCGAGUUUGUGAUGAGUGACGGCUCCUACGUGAUGCUGUGAAUCAGGGUAUGCAGCAGUGCCCAGGGCCCACGCCGGCACACGCGUGGAUGUGUGGGGACCUGCCCGGAGGUCCCAGGAACCCCAGGAGCCACCGACGGGCGGACCCAGCCCCCCUCCAGGACGGAGGAUGCUUGAGCCCGCGCUCCUCAGAGACCGGAGUCGAAAAAAGGGGGCAAAACACGGCCGGGCGCGGAGGCUCACGCCCGUCAUCCCAGCACUAUGGGAGGCCGAGGCGGGAGGAUCG